CUAUGUUUUCAACAAUCUGAAAAUAUACAUCUAUGCAAGGAUAUAUCGACUGUCACUGUCAUAUUUCUGCCGAGGAUUUUGACAGUGACAUUGAUGAUGUCAUUGGAGAGUCUAAAAAGGCUGGGCUUGUUGCCCUUCUUGCUGUAGCAGAGCAUGCUGGUGAAUUUGAGAAAAUUAUACAGCUCUCACAAAGGUUCCCUGGAUUCAUUAUGCCUUGUCUCGGAGUUCAUCCUGUCCAAGAUCCAGCGCAACCCAGAGGAGCCGUACUGGAGGAUUUAGAUGCUGCAUUACCGCUGAUUGACAAAUACAAGGAGCACAUUGUGGCUAUUGGUGAGGUCGGCCUGGAUUUCACACCACGUGUAGUCAACAGUGAUGCUGGGAAAGACGGACAGAGACAGGUCCUCAUUCGACAGGCUGAAAUCGCGAAGCAGUUAAAUCUGCCUCUGAAUGUACACUCAAGAUCUGCUGGAAGACCAACCAUCCAUCUUUUGAAGGAGCUGGGUGUAGAAAAUGCACUUCUUCAUGCAUUUGACGGAAAACCCUCAGUUGCAAUGGAGGGUGUGAAAGCUGGUUAUUUUUUCUCAAUACCUCCAUCCAUUGUAAGGAGUGAUCAGAAGCAGAAGCUGGUGAAGCAGGUUCCUCUGGAGAGCAUGUGUUUAGAGACGGACGCUCCUGCGCUGGGACCUGAGAAGCAGGUGAGGAAUGUACCAAGGAACAUCAGCAUUAGUGCCGAAUAUAUCGCCCAAAUCAAAGGAAUUCCCUUGGAGAAGGUCAUAGAGGUCACUAGCCAGAAUGCCCUGCGCCUUUUCCCCAAAUUAAAAACAUUUAUCAAAGCUUGACAUUAAUACCGCACAUUGGCAAAGCUGCUUAAAGCUGUCCUUUAAACAAACAAAUGUGUAUUGUUGAGUAGAAAUUAAGAUAAAGAAACAAAUGGUUUUUUUUUGUUUUGUUU